AUGGCAACAGCUCGGUGGGAGACACUUUUCCAGCUCCCUCAGAUGCAGACAGCCCAGCCUGCCGUUCCAAGUAACAGCGCUUCCUUUCGACCCGUGUCCAGCCAGCCAUGCUAUGUUAGCACUGUGAGUUUCCAAAAGCUGCUGCUGAACUGCUGUCAGAAGGAGUUUGAGAAGGACAAGGUCAACGAUGAUGUUUUGGAGAAGCUGCGGCACCAGCUGGAAGCGGCCACUUCAGCCAGCGAGCGGGAGAGGCUGGAGGAGGAUCUGGAGGAGGCGAAGGACAAGGCCCACAGGAGGUCCAUCGGUAACAUCAAGUUCAUCGGGGAGCUGUUCAAGCUGCACAUGCUGUCAGAGGCCAUCAUGCACGACUGUGUGGUCAAGCUGUUCAUGAACCACAGCGAGGAGAGCCUGGAGCGUCUGUGCCACCUCCUCACAGCCAUCGGCAAAGACCUGGACUUGGAGAAGGCCAGGCCAAAAAUGGAUCACUACUUUAAAUAUAUGGAAAAGACAGUGAAGGAGAGGAGGGGUUCCUCACGCAUUCGGUUCCUGCUCCAGGACGUCAUCGACCUGCGACUGCAUAACUGGGUGUCGCAGCGAGCUGACCACGGGCCCAAGACCAUCGAGCAGAUCCAUCAGUAG